CAACGCGCUUCGCCGGGCGCGUAGCCCGCUUCUCCUGCGGCUUUAACAACACUGGCAUGGAAACCCCAUUGCCGCUGCAGUACGAUUUCUUUCACGGGCAGCAAUUUCAACAGUAUAAGUACCAGCACUGCUGCGGCCAGGAGGGCCGGUUUAUUAGCCAGAACGACCAGUGCUGCACCUGCAAUAACUGUGAUGCCGGGAAAAGCCAUAUCCUUCUCCGGAAUCCGCCAACCGUAGCCGGAGCUCCGCGAACAUCAUCCGUGUCUUCUUCAAGACAAGGUUGUCAGCUCAAUACCGGGGAGUUCACGCCUUCUAGUCAUGGUAGUUCACCCAGACAUCACCAUCCCCAUUAUCAGCAGAGCCACAGUCGGCAGCAGGGCAGCCCGAUCAGCAGCCGCGCAGAAAGUAACACAUUUACUGAAACGGCCAUGAGCAGCUGCAGAUAUAACGGCGGCGUGAUGCGGCCGCUCAGCAACUUGAGCUCCUCCCGCAGAAACAUGCACGAGUUUGAUUCGGAGUCGCAGCCCCUGCAGCCGACCUCGACGGCGGACGCGUCGGACGUCGUAGUUUCCAAGCCGGAGCACAACUCAACUACCCUGAUGCCUUAUGCAUCUGGCGAUGGAGCCGGGGGAUGCAGCGGCGGCGGCGGCAAAUCGGGCAAGAAGAAAAACCAGAAUAUCGGGCAGAAGCUCGGCCAUCGGAGAGCUUUAUUCGAGAAGAGGAAGCGACUCAGCGACUAUGCGCUCAUCUUCGGGAUGUUUGGAAUCGUUGUUAUGGUUAUAGAAACCGAGCUGUCCUGGGGGGCGUAUGGAAAGGAGUCACUAUAUUCUUUAGCUCUGAAAUGCUUGAUAAGCCUUUCCACAAUCAUUCUCCUCGGCUUGAUCAUCAUAUACCACGCAAGGGAGAUCCAGCUGUUUAUGGUGGACAAUGCCGCGGACGACUGGAGGAUAGCCAUGACCUACGAGCGGAUGUUUUUCAUCUGCUUGGAGAUCCUGGUGUGUGCCAUCCACCCCAUACCCGGGAACUACACCUUCACGUGGACGGCACGCCUGGCCUUCUCGUACACCCCGUCCAAGACCGACGCUGACGUGGACAUCAUCCUGUCCAUCCCCAUGUUCCUGCGGCUGUACCUCAUCGCCCGGGUGAUGCUUCUGCACAGCAAGCUGUUCACCGAUGCCUCCUCCAGAAGCAUAGGGGCUCUCAACAAGAUCAACUUCAACACCCGCUUCGUCAUGAAGACGCUGAUGACCAUCUGUCCCGGGACGGUCCUGUUGGUCUUCACCAUCUCGCUGUGGAUCAUCGCCGCGUGGACGGUUCGGGCGUGCGAGAGGUACCAUGACAACAUGGACGUUACCAGCAACUUUCUUGGGGCCAUGUGGUUGAUUUCAAUAACCUUCCUCACCAUCGGGUACGGCGACAUGGUGCCUAAUACCUACUGUGGAAAAGGAGUCUGUCUCCUGACAGGCAUUAUGGGGGCUGGAUGCACUGCACUAGUGGUCGCUGUUGUCGCAAAGAAACUGGAGCUCACCAAAGCUGAGAAACAUGUACACAACUUUAUGAUGGACACCCAGCUAACCAAAAGAGUGAAAAACACGGCUGCAAACGUACUCAGGGAGACAUGGCUGAUCUACAAGAACACCAAGCUGGUGAGGAAGAUGGACCAUGCCCGAGUCAGGAAGCACCAGAGGAAAUUUUUACAAGCCAUCCAUCAAGCUCGAAAAUUACGAAGCGUAAAAAUGGAGCAACGGAAGCUGAACGACCAAGCAAACUCCCUAGUGGACCUGGCAAAGACACAGAAUAUCAUGUACGACCUGAUUUCGGACUUGAACGAAAGGGGCGAGGACAUGGAGAAGAGGAUCGCCAUUCUGGAGACCAAGCUUGAGACGCUCCUGGGAAGCCUUCAGGCUCUGCCCGGCCUCAUAAGCCAGACCAUAAGCCAGCAGCACAGGGAUUUUCUGGAGGUCCAGAUGCAGCCCUUCGACAAACAGAGCCCCUACAGUCCCGAGCGCUCCCUGUCCAUGUCUCGGAGAAGGUCCACCUCCACAGCACCACCAACCUCCUCAGAGAGCAGCUAGACUUCAGUUUAAAAAUAAAAAAACAUGCAGUGAAGACUUUUGCCAUCAUAUGGCCAACAUUCAUUUAUUGUAAAGCCUUAUGGUUUUAAUAAAUACUAUCCAAAUUCUGAUGACAGAAUCCAAGUUACCUGGAAAAUCAACUUUAAAGGAGCUUUCUACCAAAAAUAACAUUUGACAUGCUUCUUACGUUGAAAGCAGUUGUCGUCCUCUCUCCGAUGUCACGUCAAUGUGAGGUUUGUUCAUCUCUUAACAAAAGCAAUUAAAGCCUGCGGUGGCUUUAUUAUACCAACUGCACAGUUUUUAAUACCACUUUGUCUCAUGGGCAGCUCAAGAGGGCGACCGUGGCUGGCUGAUCUCAGGAAGAGUCAGUUCCACCUUUGCCGUGUCUCACCAAUAGCGCGUUUCCUGCUCAACCGCGAGUGGAUCCUUCAGCACAGCUGAGCCUGUUUGGGGUCAGGGCAGCCACCCAGAGCUUUAAUUGCUCUUGUUGAUCAUGAAAGUCAUUUGUAGCCACUCCACUACAGAGAUAAGACACGUGACGCGAAGGAUGCAUCCUAGAUUUUGAGUAAGAAACGUGGUUUUUAGGUAGAGUUCCCCUUUAAAUUAGCUAUUUGUCGGGUGAAGCUGCGAAAGAUAGUUCCUUUCCUCAAAAGAGAACCUGAACUUGUUCUUCCUGGUUAUUCUGCAGGCUACCUUAUGCAUCGUUCAUAAUAAAAUCACUCGUUUCCAGUUUUCAGCUUAUGGUGUGAUUAGGGUGGCAAGUUGUAGCUUUUUCCAGGGUUCUGUCCGGUAUUAAAGAUGGGACUGGCCAGAAGUGAGGACCUACACUUUCCUGUAGAUGUUUGUGUAAUGACCUGAAGAAAUAAUCUUUGGCCGGACCACCUGUCUAUAUGAAGCUUUCAACUGGUUCAGUGUCCACACCUAUAGCACACCCAGCUGGGUUCCCUAUGCAAACCAGAACAACUAAUUAAGGAAUGAGUAGUUAGCAUAGCAUAGCAUAGCAUAGCAUAACUAACAGGCCCUCUACUCAACAUUUUCUCAUUAUAAGUUGUCCAUUUCUAGUCUAAAAUAAGAGAUUUCUUCAGAAGAGGGUGUACCCAGUCUUUGGAGCAGGAGUUUGGUGUUCAUGGUUCCACAAAUAAACUCAAAUUCGCAGCCUGUAUUGUUAGCUUAAAAUAGGUAGAUGUGUUCUGGUGGAACAAAAUGUAAAAAAAAAGCAGUUGUACAGCCAGUCCCCUCCUUGCAGGAGGACUGAGCACCUAUUUUCUCAAAUGGCCAGAACACAUCCAGCAGAUUUGGUCAGGCAUGGGUACAGAUGGUGGAUCAGCACAAUGCGUUAAGCCACACCAGUACCACGCAUUGAGAUAGACAUGGCUGUUUCUUGGCAGUUUGCACAAUAUAGCUAUAAAAAAUGGGAAAAUAAAAGACAAGGCUGUAAUAUGGUAUAUUUAUCGGCAGCUAGAAAACUGUAGUGAAAUCAAAUAAUAGAGUAACUGUUGAAAUUUCUUUAGUUUUGGACUCAUACCUAAAAAAAAAAGAUGAACUCUUUGUUUUUAAUACUAUCCUGGUUUUGAUAAUGUGCUCCACACUGGCUGAUUAGGUCACUUUGGGUUUGUUCCAUCAGUGCUUUGGGAUUCUAAAGCCAGCAAUACCUGAAAACAAAUAAACAAAAGCAGUUUUGUUUGAGGCUUCCUGAUUGGACGCGCAGAUGAAUUGUCGAAGCCACUCUCCAACACAGCAAAAUAAGACUGGGCAUCUAAAUUCGUCCAUACCCCAUAAACCCCCCCCCCCCUUCCGAAAUGUCACAUAACAAAC